CGCGUUCACAGAGAUGUGGUAACACUUCUUUACAGGGAACCAACUUUAGCACGACACCGGAUGCGAUAUAUCCUCUGGCACAACAACUGCUCUGUUCCUCCUCAGUCCCACAUGACGCCAUUUACUGCUGCCUAUUGCCUACCUCCAGAAAGCAGGAGAGCGAGUAGAGAGAGUGCAGAGCCCAGUCCCCCAGUAACAGUGCCAUCUGUCACCCAGUGCUAGGGACCCUGCCAGCCAGCAGCUGGAGCAGACACUUUAGACACUCUGCUUAGUCCCCAUCCACUUGCACUCACACUCUGGAGCGAUCUGCCAGUCGGACUGUCUGCCGGGCUCUGUAACUUCCAGGCUGGGACCGGGGCAGUGUUCAAUAACACUCUGCUGGUGGAACUUCUUGUUUUUCUUUCCCUUAUUUGGAUCACAUCAUCUCAGAGCUCUGCACGUUCUAGAACCCUCGCAGGAUUCGGAUUAUUUAUCUCCGGCAACCCUGCAGCCAGUCCCCGGGGGGGAGAGGAGUCGGUGAGCUGAAGCUCUUACGGUGAGUUAGAGGUCGAUCUCCCCCACUAAGUGACAUGCCAUGGGAGGCCUGCUGUAUUGCUCUGCCAUGGGAGAGGGACGAAUAGUUUUUAUUGUGGAAAAAAGUUGCAUGUUGAAGUUUUGGAAAAGUUUUUUUUUUGUUUGUUUUUUUUGUUUUUUUACACAGAAUGUAUUGUGCCUACAUGUGUGUGUGUGUUUAUGACAGAUUGGGGUGUUUGGGGUUAUGAGGUGAAACCUGGUUGUGAUUUUGCCGAGCACUCUGCAUGCAGGGGAAGCCCAGGUCCCAGCACCCCUGGGUACAAGAAAUCACGCAGGCCUCCUGGGGUUGCUGCUAUAGGAUAUCAUAGGGUCAAUCUAUCCAGGGGAGCAAUUUAUUAAAAUGUUAGGCUCUUUUUAUAUACAUUUAUUUUUCUACUACUUUUGAAUGACUUUCUUUUGGAGAGCGAUCACUGGGCUUGGGAAAGUUUUCAAGCUUUUGUAAGUGUUUAUUUUUUUUUGUAUUUUUUUAUUUUUGUGAGAACAGGAUAGUGUUGUGCCUCAGGCAGUGGCAUGGUCAUGUGUAUAUUAUUUAAGAUAGCAGGGCAUAUUAUUAUUUAAUUUUUUAAUACUUUUUUAACUUUGUCAUACAUGUCAGAUUUGAACCACUUUGCUGCAAACAAAAUAUUGUCUUCAGCGUUCUAUACUUCUUGCACAGUUGAUAAAAUACUAUAAUAAACACGUAGAUACACUUACACGUUUACUCUGAUUAAAAGUCUCAGUUGCUUAUUGUAUGCAAACUUUUUUUCUGCUGUUUAAGUCUAUGCAAAGUAACAGAAAAAGUUGUAUUUUUGUUAAAUUGAGACUUCUAAUAUUUAAAGGUAUUGGAUGAGAAAAUAUUGUAAGAUGUUAGCCUGUCUUGCAUCCCUGCCAUUUACAGGUUAAAUCGGUGUUAUCCAGGUUCUGUGAAGUCCUAGCCCAGUAAUAAGAGCUCUGUAGGGGCUUUACUUGUCUCAGUAGGAUCUUCUUGUUGUCCCUUUGCUAACUCUGUUUUAUCUAUCUUUACUCAAAGUUUCCACUCUGCGGUUUGCAUUUACUUCUAUUUUGAAUAGCGUAGAGGAUAUAGUUCGUGCUAUUGAACAAGUUCGGAAAUGUUGUGGCUUGUUGCGAGAUCUAUUUAUAUCCUUUCACCCUAUCCCCAUGAUAAAGCUUUGCUCCCCUCCACCCACCCUAAUCCAAAAUCUGAUCACACACUGCUCUUAAUGGGGUUUUCAGAGGAGACUUGGGGAGGGAGGUGGGAGGCUGGGAGAGGAAACGAUAAUUCACAUAUCUCCUCAUACAUGGUGUGUGUGUAUCUUCAAACUUGGUGUGUGUCUGUUUACACAACUAUAGGUAAUGCAGAGCCAAUAAUUGGGAAAGUUUAAUCAACACUGUGAUCUGUUAUUCUAGAGCGAUUAGUAGUAGACGUGGAUCAAUCAUUGAUGUUUGUAAAGAAACAAGUCAGUUUUUGUUUUUGUUUUUUGUUUUUGGUUCAUUUUAGAUCUGAUUCUGCCUUUUUAAUACCAUCUUUGUCUUAAAGUACUGUUUCCAUUGGGCUUUGGCUGUUGAAGUAUUAACUCUGUAUUCGUCUUUUUAUGCUGAAGUUUAAAAGCUGUUUCUUAAAGUUUAUUAAUAUUGUUUGUCAGUAUAUAGUAUAUGCAUGCUAAGGCACAAACCGUCACAAAUUUGUAGUAAUAUAGAAAGCAAUUAUUAACCAUCUUGUUUGUUUUUACCCUAGAGACAUUCUACAAUUUUUGACUUUCUACAUUUGGGACUUUUAAAUUCUAAACAGCAUUUUUUUUGUGUGUUGCAUAAUCUUCAUAAAUUUAUCUAAUCUGAGUGCAGUUCUGACAUUUCCAGUGGAAGCAGGAUUAUUCCAGGACUGAGAACAUGUCUGAAUUAAGCACCACAGUUACACCAAAUUAGUCAUGUCAGAUUUACUUGAGUUCUUUCAGUUCUUACUUUUUAAGAGUUAUGUUUAUUUAUUUGCAAAUAAUUGUAUAUAAAACUCCAGAAGACAAUAGUUUUAAUGGCUAUAUAUGCAUGUUCGUAUUCUUGUAAGUUUAGGUGUUUUGGUAGAAGUUGGAUUUCAUAACAAUAUCAAUUGUAUUAUACAUUAUUGGUACGCUUUGAGAGAUUAAGCAUUUGAAUUUGUAGAAUUACUGCUCACUCCUGAAAGGCAAGACAAGUUGAUGUUCUAAUUUGACGAUACAGAAUUUCUAUAAAUUUUAAUAUCCAGGUCUACUAAGACAUGUUUUUCUGGUUUUUUUUUUGUUUUUUUUUUUUUUACUUAUAAUUUAAAAAAAUAACUUCUGUAACCUUUACAGAUUGAAUUUUAUUAUUUCUGGUUUGUUUCAGGCAUUAAUAAAGUGUCAUGAAAGAAAAUCAUAAUUAUGAUCGGCUUUGGUACAUACUCCUGAAGAUAUAGCUGUUAAAUGACAAAGUGUAGUAGAUAUUAAAUAUCAUAUCUGGGAGAAUUAGACACUCCGAUAAGUUUGUGUGUAGUGUUUUGCAGUUUAAAGUACAGUUUGAGUAUAAACUGAUAUUGUUUUGGUUAUAGUUCAUGAUCACACUUUGGUAGAAGUUAGAGGACGUUUAGGAGCUGUUAGAAUGUAGUAUGUGUUUCAUUCGCUUGUUUGUGUAUGUGCUAGAAUUCUACGGUCUUUUUCCAUAUGAAUAAAAAUGUAAAUAGCAGUCAUGUACUGUGUGAAAGCUUUUUUUAUUUUUUAUUUUUUGGCUGCUGCAUGGCCUAAAUCAUGUGUAUUGGGUUUUUAGUGUUUACAAGUGUGUUUUUAUUUUGCUUAAUGUGAUAUUUAACUUGGUCAAAAAGUAAAUAGGAAUCUGACCUAUUUCUCUUUCUUUUAGUUCCACUUUUUUCAAUUUAUGCAGGUUUAUAGUCAUUCUAAGGCUCUGAAAGGAACAUGCCUAGCUGGAGAGAAGGGUGUUUUGUUUUUAGUAAAAAAAAAAAAAAGUGUGAAAAAUUAAAUAUUCAGAAAAUUUGUCCUUCUUUAAACCUGAUAGGAAUCUAGAAAACUGAUGUAUCCGUGUAACAGCCUAUAAAGUUGUUGAUUUGUACAUAUGUUGUGUUCGUGGAUGAUUAGUGUGGAUUCAAUGAAAAACUUUUGGUAUACUGCAGAACACCUUAAUUUCAAAUAUGCACUGGGUAGUGUUUGCAUAGCAAUGCUUUAAAUUCCACCAUUGUCAAGUAACCAAACAGAGAAUGUGCAAUUUGUGGGAUUGCUCUUCAGUUAAACAGUCCUGAUUUCUAUAGAUCUCUUAAAAUUAAAAGCUCCCUCCAUCCUGGAAAGUUGUUGAAGUGAUUGCAUCCUGUUAGCUAGUCUUGUGGUAAAGUGAAUGAAUGAUGUGCAUUCUUCAGCCUGUACUCCCUCAAAUAGUUUAGUUAGCUGAUCCUUUGGCAAAUCUAUCAAAACCAUCAGACCAAAAAAAGGACAAAGUGCUAUAAAAUGCAGGUAGUUUUUGUUAUGUUAAUUAUAAACUGUUCUUGGGUUGUAAAACUAAUUGUGUUGACCCGAGUCAAAUGUGUCAAGAGACCAGUUGCAUUCUGUAUCUUUUUUGCAGCUGUGUCCUUUUUAGUUAAAUUAUAUGAAUCCAUAUAAAAGCAAGUUUUAAUACAGUUGGUUUUACGCUAAUCAGUUAUGAGAGAUGAUUCCUAGCUUUUUACAGUUUUGUGAGUAAGCUUGUAUCAUUUCAGUAACUUUUUUGUGUGUGUCAAUUUUAUUUAAAUAUCUAAGGUGAAAGUAUGUAUUUUUUUAAUGCUAAACUCCAGUGCAUACAAUACAAGGUGCUACAUAUUAUUUUGGAUUUAUUAUCCUUAUGUGUUCUAUGAAAUUUAUUAUAAUCUGUGUUUAUUCAACAUAAUUACUUUUAGAACCUUUUUUUUUCACAAACAUAUUUGCGUACUUGUAAAUUAUUUAAGAUAUAUUUUGUAUUAUUACACUUUAUAUUAUUGGGGGUUUCCUACACCAAAAUACAGACUAUGUAGUAUUUAUUAUGGCAUAAAUGUUUGUAAUCAUAGUUAGUACUGGUAUUCACUUUAGAUUAUGAUAAGGUUCUAUUUCUUUUGUAUUUUAAAAAUGGUUUCUUCAUACAGGGAAAAAGUGUGUAUAAUACUUGUCUUUGUUAGGGUUCAUACCAUAAUAAUUUUAUAUUUUAUAUUUUCAACAGAAUUUCAGAUGUGUUCUCAGUCUACUGGAGUGAAAACUCUUCAGAGAACUGAUGGAGACAAGAGUACAAAAUGGCAGUGGAUCCCAAGCUUUUCCCCAGACUCGGCGUGACAAUGGGAGAACACAUGGUGACCUUGACCCAAGGGAAAUUGUGAACCAGCAAGCUCAUAUUUUGUCCUUGGAACAGAUAAAAGCAAUACGGAACACUAAUGAGUAUACAGAAGGACCGACAGUGGCUCCACGCCCCUGGAUUAAACCUGCACCUUGCCAUGCUACCCAACACAAAAAUGAAAGAAUACAUGUAGUAACUGAACAGAGACAGUUUAGUAGGAGUUUUCAUCCACCAAUGCAUUCAUCACGAGAACCUUUAUCUCGCUCAAUUAGUACUGCUAGUAAUGGGUCUCGAAGCAGUACAAGGACAAGUACAAGCAGCAGUUCCUCAGAACAAAGACUUCUUGGACCAUCCUAUCAAUCAGCAGGCUCAGUUUCUGACAGAGUCAUUCGUGUGCAGCCCAAGUUAGAAAUGAAACAAGAGGAGUUAAAACCUUUUGGCAAAGAAGAAUUGGGUUUGCAUUCUUACAGGUGUGAGGACUGCGGGAAAUGUAAGUGCCAAGAAUGCACUUAUCCAAGGACUCUCCCCUCCUGUUGGAUUUGUGACAAGCAGUGCCUUUGCUCAGCCCAGGAAGUGGUUGACUAUGGGACUUGUGUUUGCUUUGUGAAGUGCCUAUUCUAUCAUUGCUCAAAUGAUGAUGAGGACAACUGUGCUGACAACCCUUGUUCAUGUAGUCAGGCACAUUGCUGUACUCGUUGGUCAGCCAUUGGUGUCAUGUCCCUGUUCCUGCCUUGUUUGUGGUGUUAUCUUCCAGCCAAGGGUUGCCUUAAAUUGUGCCAGGGCUGUUAUGACCAGGCUAAGAGGCCAGGAUGUCGAUGCAAAAGGUCAAACACAGUAUGUUGUAAAGUUCCUCACCUUCAGCCCAGAAACCUUGAAAAGCCGACAUAGCACAGGCAAUUGAAUCUAAUAUAGUAAUAAAAAAUUUAACACACAUAUGCAAUCAUUUAAAAGUUGUCACCUUGGAGCAGUUAGUAGAAAGGUUUUGAUCUGUUUUCCUGUUUGCGGUGAAACACUUUCCUAAAGAUUAUUUUUAUGUGCCAUCUUAACAGAUUGUUAGAAAACCGCUAGUGAAUCUUGGGAUAGGAUCAAGUGUUCUGUGACCCUCGGUUGUAUAAGCUAAAGCAACACAGACACUCCUAAAUAACUGUGUAUUCUAUGUAAAUAGUACAUGCAACAUCUGUAAAUUGAAUGAUUUUUCUGCCAGAGAUAAUUUGCUAUAUUUUUGUACAUAAUAUUUACAACUGUGAAAAAAAUGGUGUCAUGCACAUGGCACAUACACACUAUUUACUUAUGUACAUUCGAAAGAAUGUGAAUCAAUCAGUAUGGUUAGAUUGUACUUUGCCUUUGGUACCUUUUAACACUUUGAAUGCCAGAGUGAAGGUUUCACAUCAUCCUGGCACUCAAUGGGUUUUAAUAUUACCCAACUUCUACUCUUUUGAUAUUCUUUGUAUUUGUACAGUUACGGUAAAAGUCAGUCUUUAUUUUCUAAUUUUUCAACAUAUUGUUUAGUGUAAAGUAUAUUUAUUUGAAGUUUUAUUAUUUUAUAAAAGAGAAAUAUUUAUUUUAAGAGGCAUCUUACAAAUGUUCCCCUUUUUUACAAUGUCGGUUUCUGCAAAUAGGGGUGACUGAUGCAUAUGUUCACUAUAAAAUAGAAAAUAUAUUAACGUUUGAAAUUAAA